AUGGAUGCAUCACAGAAGAUUGAUGUCUAUGCCGCGAGGCUCAAUGUGCGGACAAAAUCGAACGUGGCCACGGAACUCCGCGACUCGGUUGAAUCUCUAUGCACCCCCUCUAGCGUUUAUACCAAAUUCUUGACCAAGUUAUGGCCUGUCUUCAAGAAGAUUCUGGAGGGGAAACCAGACUUUCACCCGACCUCUUUCGAACAUAUCCUGCGGAACCAGAUUCUCGAGAUUCUGCACAGACUGCCACAUCAGCUGCGUGAGGUCGAACCCUUUGCGCUGGACAUGGUAGAAACGCUGAUGGAGCUUGUGAGGGUAGAAAAUGAAGAUAAUGCUGUGCUAUGUCUGAAGACGAUAAUGGAUCUCGAGCGACAUCAACCAAAUGCCACUGCUUCAAAGGUCCAACCUUUCCUUGACCUCAUUCAAGAGAUGUUCGAGUUAAUGGAACAGGUGGUCCGCGACACCUUCGACUCACCUGUGCCCCAUCACCAAGCACCAUCUUCGACGUCCAACCCCCAAAGCCAGACCUUCCAGUCCCCGCGCCCGGGCUCCCCCGCGACGACCGUGUCGGAUCCGGGGAUGGAAAAGAAGGAACACGUGCCCCUGGCAAAGGGUAUGCAAUCCUUCAAGGUUCUGUCGGAAUGUCCCAUCAUUGUCGUUUCGAUAUUCCAAGCGCAUCGGAGCUCAGUUGCUGCCAACGUCAAGAAAUUUGUGCCUUCCAUCAAGGGCAUUCUCCUGCUACAGGCCAAAGCACAAGAAAAGGCACACGCCGAGGCGGCGGCGAACAAGACCAUAUUCACUGGUGUCAGCAAAGAAAUCAAAAACCGAGCCGCCUUCGGCGACUUCAUCACCGCUCAGGUCAAGACCAUGAGUUUCCUGGCGUACCUUCUCCGGGUGUACGCAAAUCAGCUGACCGACUUCUUGCCAACUCUGCCGGGUGUGGUCGUGAGGUUAUUAAAAGACUGUCCAAGAGAGAAGUCGGGCGCUCGCAAAGAACUGCUGGUUGCGAUACGGCACAUCAUCAAUUUCAACUAUCGCAAAAUCUUUCUGAACAAAAUCGACGAAUUGUUGAACGAGCAGGUCCUCAUUGGUGAAGGCCUGACCGUCUAUGAGAGUAUGCGUCCAUUGGCAUACAGUAUGCUCGCAGAUCUCAUACAUCAUGUGCGGGACUCCUUAGACCGCAAUCAGAUACGCCGGACAAUCGAAGUGUACACCAAGAAUCUUCACGACAAUUUUCCUGGUACAAGUUUUCAGACAAUGAGUGCAAAAUUGCUGCUCAACAUGGCCGAAAGCAUCACCAAGCUGGAAAAUAAGGAAGACGCCAGAUACUUCUUGAUCAUGAUUCUCGAUGCAAUCGGCGACAAAUUUGCCGCAAUGAAUUAUCAGUAUGAGAACGCUGUGAAGCUGAGCCGCCAAUACGGAGACAAGUCAAAGGAGCAUCUGGUGGAGACGUACAUGGAUGACAAAGACGAGGUUCCGGACUGGGACGAAGUGGACAUUUUCAAUGCCACUCCUAUCAAGACGUCAAAUCCGCGGGAGCGAGGCGCUGACCCUGUCAACGACAACAAAUUCCUCUUCAAGAACCUCGUCAAUGGGCUCAAGAAUAUGUUCUACCAACUGAAAACAUGCAAUCCUCCGGGACUUAAUGUAGACCAAGCCAGCAUUCCAAUCAACUGGAACGAAGUCUCCUUUGGGUACAACGCUGAAGAGACACGUGUGGUCACCAAACUUUUCCACGAAGGCGCACGGGUUUUCCGCUACUACAGUGCAGAAGCGCCAGUACCAGAUACACAAUAUUCCUCUCCGGUAGACUUCAUGGCAAGUCACUCCAUGGCACAAAUGACCAAAGAAGAAAAGGAAUUGUUGGAGAGCUUUGGGACGGUAUUUCAUUGCAUCGAUCCAGCCACGUUCCAUGAAGUCUUCCAAGCUGAGAUUCCUUACCUCCACGAGUUGAUGUCUGAACAUACAGCCUUGCUACACCUGCCUCAAUUCUUCCUUGCCAGCGAAGCCACGUCACCCGCAUUUGCAGGAAUGGUCCUGCAAUACCUCAUGAACAAGUUACCCGAGGUUGGAUCGUCAGACAUUGUCCUGUCUUCGAUAUUGUUGAGGAUGUUCAAACUGUCAUUCAUGGCGGUCACGCUUUUCUCCGCACACAAUGAGCAGGUUCUUCUCCCGCAUAUCACGAAGAUCAUCACACAAUGCGUGCAGCUGUCGGUUACGGCGGAGAAACCUAUCCAUUACUUCAUUCUUCUUCGAUCCCUGUUUCGAAGUAUUGGCGGAGGGCGGUUCGAACUUCUUUACAAGGAAAUCCUUCCGCUGCUCGAAAUGCUGCUGGAAACCUUCAACCAUCUUCUCCAAGGGGCUAGAGAUCCUCAUGACCGGGACUUAUACGUUGAGUUGACGUUAACCGUGCCGGCGAGACUCAGCCACUUGUUACCGCAUCUCAAUCAUUUGAUGCGGCCUUUGGUUGUGGCUCUUCGAGCAGGCCCCGAUCUUGUUGGGCAAGGGCUCAGAACGCUCGAGCUCUGCGUUGACAAUCUCACGGCGGAUUACCUAGAUCCAAUUAUGGCUCCAAUCAUGGAUGAUCUGAUGACUGCCUUGUUUGAGCACCUGAAGCCUCAGCCAUACCAGCAUUUCCACUCUCAUACGACAAUGCGUAUUCUCGGUAAACUUGGUGGCCGCAACAGGAAAUUCUUGAACCAUCCGCAUCGCCUGUCCUAUCGGCGCUACACCGACGACGAGCCUAGCUUUGACAUUCGACUUGUUGAGACCAGCCGGGAUCGACCAUUUCCGUUGGAUACUGGCGUCGACCUAGCCAUUAGAAAACUCACUGAGACGGCCAAGAACACGAAUUCGAAGGCCCUGGAUCUAUAUUACAAGCAGCAGUCGUUCAACUAUAUUAGCAGUCAAGUGAAAUUGCUCAUCGGCCAGGAUCAUCUUCCUGACGAUCUCGCAACUCUCCUCCGACUUCAGGCGAAUGAUCUCCUUGCCCGGCGCUUUACGACAUACGCUGACAUGCUGACCGAGAACGACUUCGGUAAAUCGGUGCAAAAACGCCGGGAGCAAGAAGAGAACUUGAAGAAACUCCUCAAGGCGUGCUUCACUGCAACCACCAUCCCAGAUUUGAAACCACAAGCCGAAGCUUUUAUUCAGAGCAUAUCCCGCCAUUUUACCAUCGUGGAACUCGGCCAGGCUCUAUGUGAUGCCGGCAGAAGAACCAAGGAAUUCGACGUUAAUCUCGGCGAAGGUGCAGUCCACCUCAGCACUCGCAUCCUAGCCGAUGUUAUCUGUGAUUGCCUGGCCUCGGACAAUAUCGUCAUCCGUGAGGCUGCCGAAGAGUCAAUGCUUGCCGUGGUAGAUACGGCUCGCAUUAUCUUUGGUAGUGAGGAAAAGGCAGCUAAACUUCCUUUCUUCAGCCAUAUGACUCAGACAUUCUGCCACAGAUGCCGUGAGGUGGAGUGGUUCACCAAGGCUGGCGCUACUUUGGGAAUACAAAUCCUGGUCAAGAGGCUCAAUCUAGGCAACCCUUUCCUCAACAGCAAGCAACUUGAGAUAAUCAAAGCUUUGCUCUUCGUGAUCAAGGACACACCUCAAGAAGUUCCGGCAAGCACUCGCAUUACUGCUCAAGAGACACUGGAAUUCAUUCUCCGGAAAUGCUGCGCUGGCCAGACCCGGGAGAUGCUCACAAACGAGAGAAGCACAAUUCAUGCCCUUUCUGUGACCUUCAGUCUCGAACUGUCUCACAUGAAUACGCACGCACGUGAGACGGCGCAACACGCCUUUUCGGUCAUGGCGGAGGUUGUUGGAGUGGAGGUAUACGAGCUGAUCGCCCCAGUCAAGGAAAGGUUUCUCCCACCAAUCUUCAACAAGCCACUUCGAGCCCUUCCCUUCCUUUCGCAAACCGGCUUCAUUGAUGCAAUUACAUAUUGCUUGGGUUUGGGUCACGAUCUCGUCCCGUUGAAUGAUCAGCUCAACCGACUUAUGAUGGAGUCAUUAGCGCUUGCCGACGCAGAUUCUGAGAUCCUCCAUCCAAAACCGGACGAAUACAACAACGCCCAGUUGAUUGUCAACCUACGUGUUUCGUGUCUAAAGCUUCUCUCUAUCGCCAUGAGCUUGCCAGAGUUUGCGACCGGACCACAGAAUUCUAGCCGAGCCCGAAUUAUUACCGUCUUCUUCAAGCUGCUUUACUCGAAAUCCCCCGAAAUCAUCGAGGCUGCCAAUGCUGGUUUGAAGGAAGUAUUGGUCCAGACAUCGAAGCUGCCCAAAGAUCUUCUCCAGAAUGGACUGAGGCCUAUUUUGAUGAAUCUACAAGACUCGAAGCGACUCACUGUUGCAGGAUUGGAAGGGCUUGCGAGGUUACUGACCCUCUUGACCAAUUACUUCAAAGUCGAAAUUGGUGCUCGGCUGCUAGAGCAUAUGAGAGUCAUCGCUGACGAGCAGCUGCUGCAAAAAGUCUCCUUUGGGCUGAUUGAACAGAAUCCACAGAUGAAGAUUGUCACGGCGAUUUUCAAUAUUUUUCACCUCCUCCCUCCCGCGGCUACCAGCUUCAUGGGGGAUCUAGUGAAUAACGUCUUGGAUCUGGAAGGAAAAUUACGGCGCACAGUUGCCAGCCCGUUCCGUCAACCACUCAUACUAUAUCUUGACAAAUAUCCAAAGGAGACAUGGUCGUUCUUCCAAUCGCGCCUACAAGAGGAGAAGUACGGGCGCUUUUUCGCGCAAAUCCUCGGCUCGGACUCUAGCCCAGCUAUUCGUGAUGCUGUCAUGAACGAUACAGAAGCAUUUAUCAAGGCUGCGUUCGACGUCGAGGGGACACAAGAGCGCCACACUGCGGCAAUCAAUGGAAUUUACGUAGUACACUCAAUCUGCAGCUUCGAAUCCGCCAAAGACUGGCUACGCGAUCAGGAACAGCUCAGACUGAGGGUUCUGAGCGCUGCCCAAGAAAUCGAGGAUGAACUCCGCAAAGAUCAUCUACAACCUUCACAGCGCCUGCGUGCUGAGCAAUCUGGAGAUCAAGUGAUGGAUAUCCUGACACAAUACCUGACAUCGUCGCCGGACGAUCUCAACUUCAUGAUCGAGCUCUUUUCUUCGUCUGCGCAAGGGGCACUAAAGACCCCCUUAAAGCUGAUGAAGUACAUUUUUAAUUCCAUCAUUACUGAUGAAUCUGCAAGCCGCCGGUACAAUAUCAUCGAGCGGUGUCUCGACGUUUACUCUCGGAAGGCUGAAUCUCACAAGGUGAAGACGUUCCUGUUCCACAAUGUGGUCAAUCCCAUCAUGGCAAGAGAUGUGCAAAACACCCGGAGAGAGGAUAGCAAGGCCGCUCCAUUAGCGGACAGCAAGCUGUUCAACCUGUUUUUGGAGCGUCUAUGGAAACCUGCGACUCCUGAUGGCACCGACGACUCAUCUCAGCCAGGUGUGGACCAUACACGAAUGGAAGCCUUGCAGCUUUCUGCUUUCAUUCUGAAAUAUCACAAAGAUGCUGUUUCAGAGGAUCGAAAAGACAUUAUCAAAUAUUCCUGGGGGCAUAUCAAACUGGAGGACGUCAUCAACAAGUACGCAGCUUAUGUCCUGAUAUCCUACUUCAUACGGUCCUACGACACACCUCCGAAGAUCGUCGUGCAGAUAUACAAUCAGCUAUUGAAAGCUCAUCAAAAUGAAGGCAAAGCUUUGGUUACCCAAGCUCUGGAAGUGCUGGCUCCGGUACUGCCUGCGAGAAUAGGUGCCAGUGCUAAUACACCAGGAGAUAAAAGAAUUCCUUCUUGGGCUCGAUUGCCGCGCAAAAUCUUGAACGAAGAGACAGGAAACCUCCAGCAGGUUCAGAGCAUCUUCAACUGCAUUGUGCGCCAACCUGACCUCUUCUACGAGUCGAGGGAGCUCUUCAUCCCGACGAUGAUACAAAUGCUUCACAAACUUGCUCCUCCGCCAAACCCUUCCAACGAGAACAAGAAGCUUGCAUUGAACCUGAUUUCGCUGAUUCAGCAAUGGGAAAGUCGACGCGUCUCUGCGGUAUUAUCUCCUCAGUCUGGAGCUGACUUGACUCCUUCACGUAAGAGAGAUGCGGCUGGAGAACAGAAGCCGGCUCCACCAACAGCCAAGGAGAAGGGCGAAUACGUGAUUCCGCUUGAGCUUCGUACGCUUGUUGUCAAGUAUAUGAUGAACUUCAUCACUUCUUUGCCUGAACGCUUCCCCGUACCGGCUGCAGAGCUCAAGGCCAAGACUAUGCCGAAGGCUCAGCAGCAGGCUCUGUCAAACGAUAUGUGCAAAAAGGCUGUAGAGCUGCUCCGCGAGCUUCUAGCACCCAAUCUGUGGGCAGAUGUUGAUGUCGGUCUGUACGAAAAGCAGCUCGAACCAAUAUUGGCCGGCGAAAAAGCUGCGGACAAGGUUGAGGAGAAACACCUGACGUACAUGGUCAACGCCCUGCAGGUCAUGCGAAUUCUGUUGAGCACGAAGUCAAAUGAGUGGAUUAUUGACCACAUGGAGAAGAUCCAAAAACUGUUGGAGAAGCCACUCAAGAUGGAAGAACCGGAAAUUCAGGACUGUCUGCACUUAGUAACUGACGACGAAAAAUCGCUUCCGUUGGUUCGACGAGUUCUCGAGGCCAUUCCAGCGCAAAAGGCGGAUGAUGCCGACGCAAUGGAUAUGGACGGCCCACCUACAGACUUUCCCACUCGGUAUUCCAAGAUCAUGGUCGGUGAAGCCUUGUCUAAUGGCAACUACAUCUCCGGUAUCAAUAACCUAUGGACUCUUUCAUUGGUCCGACCGGCUGAUGUGGACGACCAUAUCAAUGGGGCGAUGAAAGCGUUGCAGCAGAAGCUGGCCAAAGAACACAUCAACGCAUAUGUGAUCCCGCCUGGGCCACCUCCCCAAGGUUGGCGUCUGGGUGAACCAUUGAUGGAUCCUUACGAAUUUGCACUCGGCGUUGAUCUCAUCAAGAAAACUAUUGAUAUCCUGUCCUCGCGCAUGGGAGAACUCAAUGAGCAGCGACGACCGUUCCUCAGUGUUCUGGCAUCACUCGUUGAGAAAUCCUUCAACGUUGAAAUGUGCAGCAAAGUGUUGGACAUGGUAGAGAAAUGGGUGUUUAACUCUACCGAGCCAUAUCCGACUCUCAAGGAGAAGACAGCGGUGCUCCACAAGAUGCUCAUCUUUGAAAAGUGGCCCAACCAAAAUCUCCUGGAGCGCUUCCUUGAACUCGUGAUCAAGAUCUACGAGGACCCAACGGUAACGCGAACGGAGCUGACGGUGAGAUUGGAGCACGCUUUCUUGAUUGGAACUCGUGCCAAGGACGUGGAGAUGCGAAAUCGCUUCAUGAACAUAUUCAACCGUGCCUUGUCCAAAACUGCCAGCUAUCGUCUCAAUUACGUGUUGACGCUGCAGAAUUGGGACACACUGGCCGACUCAUUCUGGUUGAAGCAAGCCUCACAUCUCAUCAUGGGCUCCGUCGAAAUGUCAAUGCCUGCUCGCCUUCAUCCGGAAGAUGUUCGUGUUUGUCCCGUCUCUCAGCUGUACAGCCACAGCCUUGUCAAUCCCGACCAACGAAAAGAUGAUGCAAUCGUCGAAGAUAGCCUUGACGCCCUGGUCGUCGCGCAACGUCGCUUCAACCAAGAAAUCCAUGAGGUCAAAGUUCGGGACCUGCUUGAUCCACUUACUCAAUUACAGCAUAUUGAUGACAAUGUUGCAUACGAUGUCUGGGUCAAACUGUUCCCUCUCUGCUGGUCUGCCCUGAACAGGGACGAGCGUCUCGACCUCGAGAAAGGAAUGGUCACCCUCCUCACCCGAGAAUAUCACCAGAGACAACUGAACCUCCGCCCUAACGUGGUGCAAGCUUUGCUUGAGGGAGCGGUUCGAGCCAAGCCACGGUUCAAGGUGCCUCCUCAUGUCAUGAAGUUUCUGAGCAGAACCUAUGAUGCGUGGUACACUGCGCUUAUCUCCCUAGAAGAAUCCACCAUUGAUCCAUUGAUUGACACUCCAUCGGUUCGUGAAAGCAAUCUUGAUGCUCUGGUGGAAGUCUAUGCCGGGCUUCAAGAGGAUGACCUCUUCUAUGGAGCAUGGAGAAGACGGUGCAAGUUUAUGGAAACGAACGCCGCUCUCUCAUACGAGCAGCAUGGGAUCUGGGAUAAAGCCCAACAGCUCUGGGAGUCAGCACAAGUCAAAGCAAGAACUGGCGUUGUCCCGUUCUCGCAAGGAGAAUAUUACUUAUGGGAAGAUCACUGGAUGAUUUGCGCUCAGAAACUCCAACAGUGGGAUAUCCUGGGCGAAUUCGCGAAGCACGAGAACUUUAAUGAUCUUCUUCUCGAAUCAGCCUGGAGGAAUUAUGAAGCUUGGUCUGGCGAAGAAAAUCGCAACCAGCUGGAUGCGAUGAUCAAGUCCGUCUCUGACGCCCCGACACCAAGGCGAACCUUCUUCCAAGCGUUCAUGGCACUACUACGAUACAAUUCCAAGCAGAUGUCGCGUGCGGAAUUCCAGCAUGUCUGCGACGAAGCCAUUCAGCUCUCCAUCCGCAAAUGGCAUCAACUUCCCAAGCGCAUAACCUAUGCUCAUAUCCCCAUUCUGCAGAACUUCCAGCAGUUGGUCGAGCUCCAUGAUGCCAGCGUUAUCUGCGACAGUCUCAUGGGCACCAACGAGCGCAAUCUUGACAGCAAAUCACAGGAAGUCAAGCUCCUCCUGCAAGCUUGGAGAGACCGGCUCCCAAACAUCUGGGACGACAUCAACGCGUGGCAAGACCUCGUCACCUGGCGUCAGCAUGUUUUCCAACUCGUGAAUUCCACGUACUUGCCCCUGCUUCCUCAAGGCGGUAACAACGUUGGCAACAAUUCAUACGCCUUCCGAGGCUAUCACGAAACGGCCUGGAUUAUCAACAAGUUUGCUCACGUUGCUCGCAAACACCAGAUGCCUGAAGUAUGUAUCAACCAACUUGGCAAAAUCUACACGUUGCCCAACAUUGAGAUACAAGAAGCUUUUCUUAAAUUGAGGGAGCAAGCAAAGUGUCAUUACCAGAACAAAGCCGAGCUGAAUAACGGUCUUGACGUAAUCAACAACACUAAUCUCAAUUACUUUGGCGCACAGCAGAAGGCUGAGUUCUAUACACUCAAAGGCAUGUUUUUGGCCAAACUUCAACAUGCGGAAGAAGCGAACGAAGCAUUUGGCGUAGCUCUUUACUACGAUCUGCGACUUCCGAAAGCAUGGGCAGAAUGGGGCCAGUAUUCCGAUCGCAAGUUCAAGGAGAAUCCGUCCAAUAUCGAGGCUGCCAGUAACGCCGUUAGCUGCUACCUCGAGGCGGCAGGGUUGUACAAAAGUGCCAAGUCAAGGAAGAUGCUCAGUCGAGUAUUGUGGCUACUUAGUCUUGAUGAUGAAGAGGGUCACAUUGCAAAGGCGUUCGAAGACUUCAAAGGCGAGACGCCAGUGUGGUACUGGACUACGUUUGUACCGCAACUACUCGGCAGUCUCGAGCAUAAGGAGGCACGGCUUGCCAAAUCAGUGCUGGUGAAAAUUGCCAAAGGGUUCCCACAGGCCCUGUUCUAUCAUCUGCGUGCAACAAGAGAAGAUUUCUUGGGCAAGAAAAAACAAUACGAGGCCCAAAAGGCCAAGCAGCAGAAGAAUCAGGAAGACAAGAAGGAACCCAGCUCGCGGCCAGGCACGGCCAACGGCGAAGCUCAGACCAAUGGAUCCUCGUCCCCCAAACCUAAGCAGGAGCCUGGCACCGACACCGCGGAGACGAACGGUACUGAAGCUGGCAAGAGACCUGAAGAGCCCAAGCGGCCGUGGGACUACACCGAUGAGAUCAUGGCUGGCUUGAAGACUGCUUUUCCACUACUUGCGCUUUCAAUGGAAACGAUGACCGAUCAACUGUCGAAGCAUUUCAAAUGUCCGCCAGACGAGGACGCGCAUAGAUUGAUCGUCGCACUGUUAAAUGACGGGUUACACUAUAUCAGCCGGGCGCCCAUGACUUAUGCCGAAGGCGCCAAAUUGCCUCCUCAGACGGAAGCCAACGUCGCCCGCUUCGUACAGUCUGUUCUUCCAGCCCACAUCCGCAAGUCGUUCGAGGCCGACUUCGUCCAAACCAAGCCGACAAUGUAUGAAUACAUCCACAAAUUAAGGAAGUGGCGUGACAAGUUCGAGCAGAAACUCGAUCAUAGGCAGCAGUGGGCUCCGCUGGAAUCCUACAGUCAUCACCUAAGCGAGUUCAAGUUCCUCAAGUUUGACGACUCGGUGGAAAUCCCCGGACAGUAUCAACAACACAAAGACAAGAACACCGACUUUGUCCGCAUAGAGCGCUUUAUGCCGACGGUCGAACUUGUGAGCGGAAACAGCAUCUGCCACCGCCGCCUAACGAUUCGUGGUCAUGACGGUUCUCUGCAUCCCUUUGCUGUCCAGCAUCCAACUGGUGGCAAAGUCCGUCGUGAGGAACGCAUUGUACAACUGUUCAGGAUCUUCAACCAGACACUGGCAAAGCGGAAGGAGUCUCGGCGCAGAAAUCUGUACUUCCACCUGCCCAUCUUUGUGCCGAUAGCACCGCACAUUCGCCUUGUACAAGACGACGCCUCGUAUGUAACUCUCCAAUCUGUGUAUGAAGACCAUGUACGCAAACUUCCUCCCAACACCAUGUCUCGGGACGAACCUAUCCUCUUUGUCCUCGAGAAAUCACGCACCAUCGCCGAACAGCAGAAGACGAAUCCCAGAACACCUGAACAGGUUGCCAUUAUGAAAACUGAAAUCUUCACCACCAUUCAAGAGAGGUGGGUUCCGAACACGAUCGCCUUGAAGUAUUUCCAAGCCACCUAUCCCUCCUUCGAAGACUUCUGGCUCUUCCGGCGACAGUUCAGUUACCAGUUUGCAGCCACCACCUUCAUGACAUACAUAAUGCACAUGUCGGCGCGGUAUCCGAUGAAAUUCUCCAUUGCUCGAGCGACUGGGGACAUUUGGGCAUCCGACCUAUUACCCAACCUCAACUCGAGUCGAGCAUUGUUCUACAAUCCCGAACAGGUGCCCUUCCGGUUGACUCCAAAUCUACAAACGCUCAUGGGACCUCUGGGUGUCGAGGGGAUCUUCACAGCAAGCCUGAUGGCAAUCGCACGGUGCCUUGCCGAGGGCGACAACGGCUACGAAAUGGAACAGCAACUUGCCAUCUUUGUCAGGGAUGAGAUGUACAAUUGGGCCGCUGGACGGCCUCAAUCUAGUAGCGGAAGUGGUGGUGGUGGUCAGGGAGGAGGUGAUCAGAAAAUGGAAGGAUCACAUCUGAGAGAGCUAGUGGCCAUGAAUGUCGAGUUCAUCACGCGCCGCGCCCUCACAUUGGCUAAGACGCAGGGCAGUGUUGGUGUUCCUUCUGCUUCCUCUUCUUCGGGAGCACAAGGCACCGCCGCCAGUACCAAUGGCAGCGCUGCCUCUGGAGGAGAGGGGAGUGCAAGCGGCGCCGCGGCAGCUGCAGCAGCAGCGAACGCCAUCCCCACGGGAGUCACUGGCGUCCUCCCCGCGUGUCAGAAUGUGGUGGACUUGGUUAGCAAGGCGACCGAUCCGACGAGACUCAGUGGCAUGGAUGGAUUGUGGAUGCCUUGGCUCUAA